AUGGUUGCCGCAGUCCGAAUAGCUCCGAGCGCUGCUACAAGAGCAAUCAGCUUAUUACGAACAGUUCAGUACGCCCACCCGCCAAACUGCCCAUGUCAUUCCAAUCCAGGUCACCACCAUCACCAUGCGAAACCUCAGAUUGACAGGUAUGCUCAGCAUACCCAUCGACGAGGCUUUGCCUCUCCUAUGGAUCCUUCCCAGCAGAGGGAAUAUGCCUUCGAAAUGGCUGCCUCAUCGAUCCGCUUCGGCCCGGGAGUCACCCAAGAAGUCGGCAUGGACUUCAAGAACAUGGGUGCUAAACGCGUCUGCGUCGUGACCGACUCAACUGUCCGAAAGCUCACUGCUGUCAAGCAAGUAGAGGAGGCUUUAUCAAGGGAAGGUAUUGAAUAUGAGAUAUUCGACAAAGUUCGGGUUGAACCGAAAGAUAGCUCAGUUAAGGAGGCAAUCGCUUUUGCCAAGCCAUAUCAACCAGAUGCAUUCCUCGCUGUAGGCGGUGGUUCAGUUAUCGACACCGCUAAAUUAAUGAACCUCUACACCGAAUACCCCGACGCCGACUUUUUGGAUUUCGUCAAUGCGCCAUUAGGUAACGGACGGCCAAUUGACAAGAAACUCAAGCCUCUUGUCGCCAUUCCAACCACGGCCGGUACCGGUAGUGAGACCACUGGGACGGCGAUUUUUGACCUUGUAGCGAAGAGAGCCAAGACUGGAAUCGCGCACCGCAACUUAAAGCCGACUCUCGGAAUAUGUGACCCGCUCAACACUAAGACGAUGCCUGCAGCGGUAAAGGCGAGUUCUGGAUUAGAUGUACUUUGCCAUUCGCUUGAAUCGUGGACAGCUAUUCCAUUUAACCAGAGGGUACCUCGACCGACCAACCCAAUAUUAAGACCGGCUUAUCAAGGCGCAAACCCUAUUAGUGAUAUCUUCUCAUUAAGUGCGCUCCGCAGCACAGUGAAAUACCUCCCAAGAUCCGUAAAGGACCCAGAGGAUCAUGAGGCCCAGAGUGAGAUGCUUCUCGCUGCUACUCUUGCCGGUGUCGGGUUCGGAAAUGCUGGGGUUCACCUCUGUCAUGGCAUGUCGUAUCCAAUUUCCGGCCAAAAUCCCGGACACCAGCACGCAGGAUACGAGGUCACAACGCCUAUCAUCCCGCACGGUGUUUCCGUUGCUGUAUCUGCACCCGCCGUCUUCCGAUUCACCGGCCCCUCUAAUCCUGAGCGCCAUCUUGCUGCCGCGGAAGCGUUCGGGGUAGAUAUCACCAACGUUAAGCGUGAAGAUGCGGGUCGUGUCUUGGCAGAUGCUAUCACGGAGUUCCUUGCCGAGUUAGGUGAUCAACCCAAGGGUCUAAAGGAACUAGGAUUUGACUCGAGCCACAUCGAGGCUCUAGUUGAAGGCACGAUACCGCAGGCUAGGGUAUUGAUGUUAGCGCCUGGCCUGGCCAAGGAACUCGAGCAUGAGAGGGAUCAACUGAGGAGGCUAUUUGAAGAUGCAUUGACGCAUUGA